AUUGACACUGAUGUCAUUGACAGACAUGCUGUGAUUGUUUGUUAAAUACUUGCUUCAAUUAAAAAAAACUAAGGCUCAGAUUACAACCCAUUUCCAAAUGGAAAAAAGACACAGUGGCUGUAUCGGUCACGUGACUUUUCCUGGAUAGAUACGCGCACCGACACUGGGUUUCACUUUCUAUUCUCCACAGGUGAGUCGACGCGUCUGUGUUGCGGGACCAACCAUCAGCAUCUGUUUCAUUGGAAACAUGGCAGCGCAGGCUAGUGGCGGGGUUCCGUUGAGCACGCUUGCACCCAAGUAUCUCCACACCAACUCUACCAGCCACACCUGGCCCUUCGGCGCCAUCGCUGAGCUCAUAGACAAUGCCUAUGAUCCAGAUGUCAGCGCCAAACAGUUCUGGAUCGAUAAAACUAUGAUUAAAGAAAAACUGUGCCUCACCUUUAUGGAUAAUGGAAAUGGACUGGACCAUGAAACUAUGCAUAAAAUGCUCAGUUUUGGAUACAGUGACAAGACUGCAAAAAAAGGACACGUGCCCAUUGGGAUGUAUGGAAACGGCUUUAAGUCUGGAUCUAUGCGUCUGGGAAAAGACGCCAUUGUCUUUUCCAGGUCAAAGAGUGGAAUGUGUAUUGGGAUGCUUUCCCAGACCUACCUGGAAUUGAUUGGUGCCGAUCAAAUUCAAGUACCGAUUGUUUGCAUCACAGAGAGGAAUUUGAGCAGCUUUUCGGUUAGAGAGGAGCACAGAGCCAGUCUUCAGGAUAUUCUGUGCUAUUCUCUUUUCAAAACACGAGACGAACUGCUCGCUGAACUGGACGCCAUCACCUCUUCCUUCUCACAAACAGGCACACGAAUCAUCAUUUGGAAUCUGCGCAGAACGGAUACAGAUGUCCCAGAGUUUGACUUUGAGACGGAUCGCUAUGACAUCCGAAUUCCCUCUGAGGUCUAUGAGGCAAUCGGUGACCCUUCAAAAGUUUCAGACAGGAUGACAUCCCAUAUUCCUGAGACUGUUUACUCUCUACGGGCAUAUUGCAGCAUUCUGUACCUAAAACCUCGGAUGCAGGUGGUGUUACGAAGUAAGACGGUCAAAACGGUGCUAAUUGCUAAAAGCCUGGCCUGCAUGAGAAAGGACUUUUACAAGCCCGUCUUCAUGAACAAACGGAUUCCCAUACAUUUUGGUUUCAACACCAAAUCAAAAGAUCAGUACGGUGUCAUGAUGUAUCACAAAAAUAGGCUGAUCAAAGCUUAUGAGCGUGUGGGCUGCCAGCUCAAGGCCAACAACAUGGGUGUUGGCGUCAUUGGGAUCAUAGAGUGCAACUUCCUGGAUCCAACACACAACAAACAGAGCUUCAUUGAGUCUGAUAAGUACAGAAGAACCACGAACAAUUUAGCAAUAAAACUUGAUGAAUACUGGAAGGAGAUGCAGCACAGGAGGAAAAAAGAAAACCCAAACAACUCCAUACCGGUGGAGGACACCAUGAAGCGACCGGACCAGAACUGGGUGCAGUGUGAUGGCUGCCUGAAGUGGCGCAGAGUCCCAGAUGGGAUUGAUUGCAAGAAGCUGCCGGAUGAAUGGUUCUGCCGGAUGAACCCGGACCCUCAGUUCAGGAGCUGCAACGUAGAGGAGGAGCCAGAAGACUCAGAUGAUGAACAACCAUCAUAUCGCAAAACCUACAAAGAACAGGAGAGGGAGGACAAGAUGAAAAAAGAGAAAAUACAACAGGCUCGACAAAUUCUUGAACAGCAGGAGAAGGAGCGUUUUGCUGCGAUCGCGGCACAAAACAGCGCUCUCAAAAAGCAACAUGACAAGCUGAGACGACAGCUGCGUCAAAUGUCUCCUUCUACCUCCUCAAACGUGGGCAGCAGCUCCCUCCAGGAAGGUACUGUGAGGGCUGUGACCCCUCCCCUCAGAACUACUACUAUUUCACAAGCGGCGAUGAGUCCUUCCAUGAACAACGGACUUCCAGUGGUUACUGUUGUGUCUUUGGUGUCUGCCAACCCCCCUGCUCUAAAAAGAACACAGCCUUCUCCUCUAAGUACACCAAAAAGGCCCAGAGUGAAUCUCCCACACAGGAUCUCUGGAACAUUGGCAGAAAGGGACACACGCUCUCCAUCUGUGCCCCCUCAUAUGGAGGAUUUAGACGACACCACCACCAUUAACUACAUUUCCAUUUUGGAGUCUAGUAGCACUCCAAUGCCAGCAAAGCCUGUUGAUGAUGUAACCAAAGUGCAAAAGGAGCAGACAGAAGAGGGCGUAAAUGGUGUCAGCAUGCUGUUGGAUUGCACUGACGACGCUGCCGUGGAGUCCCCCUCGGAAAAAAACACUGCAGAAACGGGACGUCCCACAGUCACCGUCAGUGGGACGGAGGAGAGCCAAAGUCUAGCUGAAGGGAAUCAAACUGUUGAAUCAAACAGAGAGACACAUGUUGAGAAGAGUACUACUGAGGUACAGAAGCAGCAGGAUGAUCUGUUGGAGCUUCUCCAAGACGCCAUCCAGGAGAGAGACGGCUUCAAAGAGGAGCUGCAGAAAGUCACCUGCCAGCUGCAGGAAAUGCAAAAAAAACUGUCUGAGGCGAGCCAGAAGACGAGCUCCAAGCAGUCAUUCCAGGCGGAGAAAAGUGAAGAAAGGGACUACAAGGCUUUGUUUGAGAGGGUCAAGCAGAAAGUGCAGGAUCUGAUGAAAGAUAAACAGGCUUUAAUAGCAGCUGCAAGAAGAGAAACUAAGCUUAGUGCUGAAGAAAAAGACAUUGAUGAGAUUUCACUUCAAGUUGGAUGUUUGGUGCAGGAGCUGGAUAAAAGAAACCAGGAGCUGGACGAGCUCCGUUUACAGCUCAACAGCCUGGAAGAGGAAAGAUUAAGGCUGGCUGCUGAGUGUGCAGAGAAACCAGGAGGAUCAGCAGAACCUGAUGAAGCCAGGAGGAGUUUGAUUGAACUGCGUCAAAACGUCGGGCGGCUUCUUGUCUCCUCCAUGCCGGCUCUUGAAUUGGAUCAAGUGAAUUAUGAAUGUAACGUCAUCGAUGAAAUCCUGGAGCAAUACCUGUCCGGCAUAGAUUCCAACUGAUGCCCCCCCCAAAAUAAAGACAUAUUUUACAGAUGAAAAAGGUGGAACGCUCAUCAUGAUGGUCCUGCAUAAACCUGGACUGAUGAAAAUGUCCCUUUCAAUCACAAAAACAAUCCUUUGGGUCUGGGAAGAACUUUCUUAAAAACGCUUGUAAAGCCAUUUCUUUCUUUUCAGUGUUAAUACUGUCUGUUAUUUUUCACUCAUUUCAAACCCUGUUUAAUGUUUUCUUUUUUAUACUCAAGCAAAAAAAAUACAAAUAAAAGAACUGCAUAUGUUUUUAAACUGUUUUAUUACAUUUAUUGUUAUUAUAUAUUUGCUUUGCUUCUCACUCCUAUAUAGAUCAUGAGAUGAAUUCUUGUGUGACCAUCUAUGGUAGUAUGGAUGCUCGAACUGUUUUGUUGUAAGAGUUUUCUUUCCCGGAAGCAAAUUCAGACACAGUGACAUUUCACACGCAGGAGUGCGACACCAGCUUUAAACUGUUGUUUUUAAGAUGCUGUGUAGACGUUUUUUUCUCUUUUGCAGCUGUGUGAUUUUCUGCUCUUUUCAAUCCUUUAGAGCUGCCAAAGAAAUUGUAAUCUAUGGGCCGCCCUAAAUUCAAUAAAUGCGGAAGGCAGACAUUUGGGAACUCA